AAGGAAUAAAUGCAAGAUGGCUCCUCAUAUAAAAACAGUCUUCUGGGUUGCCCUUAGCGUGCAACAAAAUAACUCUUUACACCUUAUUAGGUUGAAAUAUUUAUCUACGAAGAGUUCUGAAGGGUAACUUGAGCUGUAGAUUGAUAUGCCUACGGAACCUGGCGAUAUUUUUUGGCAUAAGAAAUCCGAGAGACAAGAGGGACAACUUUGAAACCAUGAAUCGGAGCUGAACUCGCUCUCUUCGGUAGACAGAGUUCGGGUGGUCACAAGCUGACAGCCAGGGCCUCGGCUAGCUAGCGUUAGCUGCUAACUUGCUAAUGAAUACAUUUGUCUGCUUCAUUGAAAGCCGCAAACAACAAGGAGCAAAAACUCUGAAAUUAAUUGUCGCCUGUUGAAUGCGGGACGUGAAUGGCCGUACAGUAACUGACGAUGGCUGUAUCGAGGCUUGAUCGUUUGUUUAUCCUCCUGGACACCGGGACAACUCCAGUAACAAGGAAAGCAGCAGCCCAGCAGCUUGGAGAAGUUGUCAGACUCCAUCCACAUGAACUCAACAAUCUUUUAUCAAAGGUUUUGACCUACCUAAGAAGUCCCAACUGGGACACUCGAAUAGCAGCAGGCCAAGCUGUAGAGGCCAUUGUGAAGAAUAUUCCUGAGUGGGACCCAGCCCCUAAGCCUAAAGAAGAGUCUUGUGAAGACUUAUCCCCAGAGGAGGCCUCCUGUGAUCGGCUGAGUUUCUACCACUUUGACAUCUCCCGCUUACUCAAACAUGGAGCCUCUCUUUUGGGAUCUGCAGGAGCUGAGUUUGAGCUGCAGGAUGACAAGACUGGUGAGAUGGACCCAAAGGAGCGACUCUCCCGGCAGAGGAAGCUCCUUCAGAAGAAGCUGGGUCUGGACAUGGGUGCUGCUAUUGGCAUGGACACAGAGGAGCUGUUCAACGACGAGGACCUCGACUACACCUGCCAAUCCAUCGGGCCCAAACCUCAUGGGAGCAAAGUCAUGGCUGGUUCUAGCUCUCGCAACCAUGUGGCCAUUCAAGCUGCUGAGUUGAUAGACUCAGAAUUCCGGCCAGGGAUGAGCAAUCGUCAGAAGAAUAAAGCGAAGAGAAUGGCCAAGCUGGUGGCGAAACAAAGAUCCAGAGACAUGGAUCCAAAUGAGAAGAGUUUGUUAGUUUCAAUAAAUGUCUUUGUCUCCAUUUUAGUAACGGACAGCUUUGAAGGUGAACCCGAAGAGAAACGAAGGAAAACCACGAAUAUUGUUAUCGACACAGCAACAGAGAAUAAAGUCUUAAUUGACAAUGUUCCAGACAACUCCAGUCUGUUAGAGGAAACAAAUGAGUGGCCUCUGGAGAGCUUCUGUGAAGAGCUCUGCAAUGACCUGUUCAAUCCUUCGUGGGAGGUUCGUCACGGUGCAGGCACAGGUCUCAGAGAAAUCCUCAAGUCUCACGGUGCAGGAGGCGGGAAACUGGUGGGAAGCACAGCAGAGCAGAUGUCGCGGCAGCAUCAGGAGUGGAUUGAGGACCUGGUCAUCCGGUUGCUCUGUGUCUUCGCUCUUGACCGUUUUGGAGAUUUCGUAUCUGAUGAGGUGGUGGCUCCUGUGAGGGAAACGUGUGCCCAGACGCUCGGCGUGGCCCUUCGCCACAUGAAUGAAACCGGUGUUUCCAUGACGGUCGAUGUCCUGUUGAAGCUGCUGAAAGAGGACCAGUGGGAGGUCCGGCAUGGAGGUCUGCUGGGGAUCAAAUAUGCCCUGGCCGUCCGACAGGACCUGAUCUCUAAUCUGCUCCCUCGGGUUCUCCCUGCCAUCACCGUGGGCCUCCAGGACUUGGAUGAUGACGUGAGGGCUGUGGCAGCUGCAGCCCUCAUACCUGUGGUGGAGGGCUUGGUACAGCUGCUCCCCAGUAAGGUGCCCUUCAUAGUGAACACACUGUGGGACGCUCUUCUGGACCUGGACGACCUCACUGCUUCCACCAACAGCAUCAUGACACUGCUGUCCUUGUUGCUCACCUACCCACAAGUCCGGCAGUGCAGCAUGCAGCAGUCGUUAACUGUUCUAGUCCCUCGGGUUUGGCCUUUCUUGAGACACACUAUAUCAUCGGUUAGAAGGGCAGCUCUGGAAACACUCUUCACACUGCUGUCCAAAGCAGAUCAGAGCUGUGCUAUGUGGAUCAACCCAAUCCUACAAGAUAUGCUUCGGCACAUCUUCCAGUCCUGCAUACUGGAGAGCAACGAGGAAAUCCUUGAACUGAUCCAAAAGGUGUGGAUGGAGCUGCUGUCUCAGGCCCCUCACCAGUAUGUCGUAGCAGCCAGCUGUCCGUGGAUGGGCGCCUGGCUCUGUCUCAUGAUGCAGGCCUCACACAUUCCCAUAGACCUGAACAUGCUGCUGGAAGUGAAAGGCCGCUCCAAGGAUAAAGCCGGUACAAAGACUCGUCAAGGGACCAAUCAGGUGAAGGAGACGGUCCAGGAAUAUAUUGCAGGAGCCGACACGGUGACAGACGACCCAGUGACGAGGGACUACGUGGUGGUUCGCGCUCGCCUCAUGGCCGCCAAAUUGCUGGGAGCUCUGUGUAGGUGUAUCUGUGACCCUCAGCUCAAUGCAGCGUCUCAGGAGAUCCGCCCGGCCGAGUCUUUGGGUCAGCUGCUGCUCUUCCACCUCAACUCCAAGUCCGCCCUGCAGCGCAUCGCUGUGGCUCUGGUUCUCUGCGAGUGGGCUUCUCUACAGAAGGACUGCCAGGUGGUGUCAUCCAUGGUGCAGCCUCGACUUCUGGCCAUUCUGUCGGAACAGCUGUACUACGACGAGAUCGCAAUCCCGUUCACUCGUAUGCAGAAUGAAUGCAAGCAGCUCAUCGCCUUGCUAGCUGAUGCCCACAUAGACCUUCAAGACCGACUGAAUUGUAGUGUUUUUACCAUUGAUCAAGCCAGUGAGCUGGUAACCACCAUCUUCACAGAGUCUACAGCCGGUCUGAACGUGAAGUCAAAACAGUGGCAGACGCUGGACAGCAAACGACAGCAGGCUCAGUCCACAGUUCUAGAGACCAAUGCUGAAUGGCAGCAGCUACAUCUGCGAGUCCACAUGUUUACAGCCUGUGCCGUAAUUAACUUACAAGUACUUCCUGACAAGCUCAACCCCCUGGUUCGGCCUCUGAUGGAAACUAUCAAGCGAGAGGAGAACACCUUGAUCCAGAGUUAUGCUGCUGCUUUCAUAGCCAAGCUGCUGCAGCAGUGUGCUAGCCGCUCGCCGUGCCCCAAUCCCAAAAUUAUUAAAAACCUUUGUGCCUCAGCCUGUGUCGACUCUUCAGCUACUCCAUCCUCUGCAUGUCCUGUUCCCCCAACACAAGAAAACGCAAAGGGCACUAGUUUGGAAAAAGAUGGCAUGCAUCACAUGGUCAACAAAACUCGCGGCAUUAUCACUCUGUAUCGUCACCAAAGGGCAGCAUUCGCCAUCACCAGUAAAAGAGGCCCGGUCCCUAAGGCGCCAAAGCCCCCCAGCACAGAGCUACCUCCUGGCAGCACCAUCAGCACUGAUAACGAUGAGAGCAAGAAGCCGUUUCUUAUUCAAAGAAGAGGAGCAGAAUUUUCUCUGACCACUAUUGCCCGGCACUUUGGGGCAGACCUCACAAAGUCUCUGCCGUACCUUUGGGAAAAUACGGUGGGACCACUGAGGACGGUGGUGAAUGCGAAUCAAGGAAUCGAUCGUCAGGUCCAGCUGGAAAGGGGAGACACUCCAGCCCAAGAACUGGUCAACUCUUUACAAGUACUGGAGAUCAUGGCUGGAGCCAUGUCUACUGAACUAAAACCUCUGCUGCUGGAACAUCUGCCCCAUCUGUUCACUUGUCUGCGGCACCCCUACACAGCGGUGCGUCACAUGGCGGCCCGCUGUGUGGGCGUGCUCAGUAAGAUAGCGAUGCUGGAAACCAUGAACAGUUUCCUUGAGCGUGUGCUGCCCUGGCUAGCAGCCAUCGACGACUGCACCAAACAGGAAGGCUCCAUUGAGGCUUUGGCCUGCGUUAUGGAGCAGCUGGAUGUGGACAUCGUUCCCUACAUCGUGCUGCUGGUUGUGCCGGUGCUGGGCCGUAUGAGCGACCCCAGUGAUAGCAUUCGUUUUAUGGCCACACAGUGCUUUGCUACCCUCAUCCGCCUGCUUCCCCUAGAGGCAGGUAUACCGGACCCUCCAGCCAUGUCUGCUGAGCUGAUUCGCCAGAAAGCCAGAGAACGCCACUUCCUGGAGCAACUGCUCGACGGCCGCAAGUUGGAGAACUACAAAAUCCCUGUUCCCAUUAAGGCUGAGCUCAGGAAGUACCAGCAGGAUGGAGUGAACUGGCUGUCCUUCCUAAACAAAUACAAACUGCAUGGGAUCCUGUGUGAUGAUAUGGGCCUCGGGAAGACCCUGCAGUCCAUCUGCAUCCUGGCAGGAGAUCACUACCUCAGGGCACAGGAAUAUGCCAAGACAAAGGCUGCAGACUGUAGUCCUCUCCCCUCCCUCGUUGUGUGUCCUCCCACACUGACUGGCCACUGGGUGGACGAGGUGGGCAAGUUCUGCGCCAAAGAGUACCUCAAUCCUCUGCACUACACUGGGCCUCCGACAGAACGGAUGCGGUUGCAGCACCAAGUAAAAAAACAUAACCUCAUAGUCGCCUCUUAUGAUGUUGUACGAAACGACAUUGACUUUUUUAGAAAUAUAAAAUUUAAUUACUGUAUCCUUGAUGAGGGUCAUGUCAUCAAGAAUGGAAAAACCAAACUCUCCAAAGCCAUUAAGCAGCUAGCUGCCAACUUCCGAGUCAUUUUGUCAGGAACUCCCAUCCAGAACAAUGUCCUGGAGCUGUGGUCACUGUUUGACUUCCUCAUGCCUGGUUUCCUUGGAACGGAGCGCCAGUUCGCUGCUCGUUAUGGCAAACCCAUCCUGGCCAGCAGAGAUGCCAAAAGUUCCUCACGGGAACAGGAGGCCGGUGUUUUGGCGAUGGAGGCCUUACAUCGGCAGGUGUUACCCUUCCUUCUGAGGAGGAUGAAGGAGGACGUCCUCCAGGACCUUCCUCCAAAAAUAAUUCAGGAUUAUUACUGCAACCUGAGUCCACUUCAGGUUCAGCUAUAUGAAGACUUUGCAAAGUCUCGAGCCAAGGCUAGUGUGGAGGACACCAUCUCUGUGGCCUCUACAGAGGACGAGGAGAAACCUAAAUUAAAAGCCACAGGUCACGUCUUCCAGGCCCUACAGUACCUGCGGAAACUGUGUAACCACCCAAGCCUGGUCCUGACGCCGCAGCAUCCAGAGUACAAACGCAUCACAGAGCAGCUGGCAGGUCAAAACUCCAGUCUGCGGGACAUUCAACAUGCCCCCAAACUCUCUGCUCUUAAACAGCUGCUGUUAGACUGUGGGCUGGGCGGAGGUGGAGGAUCAGAGGGGGGCACUGAAGCUGUGGUAGCCCAGCAUCGUGUGCUCAUUUUCUGCCAGCUGAAGAGUAUGCUGGAUAUUGUUGAGCACGACCUGCUGAAACCCAAACUCCCUACUGUCACGUACCUGAGGCUGGACGGCAGCGUGCAGGCAGGCCUGCGCCACUCCAUCGUGUCCAGGUUUAAUAAUGAUCCUUCCAUUGAUGUGCUGCUACUGACCACCCACGUUGGAGGUUUGGGUCUGAACCUGACGGGGGCAGACACUGUGGUGUUUGUGGAACAUGACUGGAACCCCAUGAGAGAUCUGCAGGCUAUGGACCGCGCCCACAGGAUUGGACAGAAACGCGUUGUGAACGUGUACCGGCUGAUCACUCGGGGAACGCUGGAGGAGAAAAUAAUGGGGCUGCAGAAAUUCAAGAUGAGCAUCGCCAACACCGUCAUCAGCCAGGAGAACGCGAGCCUGCAGAGCAUGGGCACCGACCAGCUCCUCAACCUGUUCACCCUCGAUAAGGACGACAAGGGUGAGAAGAGCGAGCAGUCGCCGUCGACCUCAGGGAAGGCGUCCAUGAAGUCGGUUCUGGACGGCCUGGGAGAGCUGUGGGACCAGCAGCAGUACGACUCCGAGUACAACCUGGACAGCUUCAUGCACUCCCUGCAGUAGCGCCUCCCAGAUCCCACCCCCAUCUGCUGGCCGAGCAGGACCUGGUCAGAGUCUGAGGAGACCUCCAACCGCUGCUACUCACACAUCUGCCCUCCUCUUUAGGCCACUCCCCCAAUGUCAACCACACGCAGAGUCACUGUUAGUUAGCAGACCGUGUCCCAAAGCAAUAAAUGAAGCCAAAAUGAGAACUAAAUCUAGACUUUAGACCUCUUAAAAGGGCACUUGAACGUUAUCAGACAUCCCAUUAGUCCUAGUUGAGAGCCAGGAAAACCUGAAGAAGUCCUUUACAGAACGUUACCAUGACGAUGGACCUGCAGAAGACGGCUCCACUGUUGAAUUUUUAUCAUCUAUGAGUUAACGGCGGCUACGGCUGCUGCACUGCCAUCCUCUUCCUCCUCCUACACAGCAUUACCAGUACAGUGUUAACCACACCACCCUCAACAUCUGCUCUUCCUCAUUCUCAUAAUGUCUUAAAAGCACUGCUACACCCAACAACAUGUCGCCACCUCCUAAUUUACGGACACAAAUGUGUUUUUGUACGACAAAAGGGAAAAAAAAUGGAGAUCGCAGAGCUCUGGCACGUCAUUCGCUGAGCCAUGAGGACACGCUCCUACAGGUGGCGCUUGGUUUACCAGACCCAUGAGCGAUAGGAGAAACUGGCGUCUCCUCUGAACGCGGUGGACGACGACCUAGGAGACGCUGCAGUGGAAGCAACGUUACAGAGACUGGACCCGGGGCCAAGGUGAAACUGGUACCUGAAACCCGUCACAAGUAUUUUAAAGGAAAUGAUAGACUUGUACAUAUUUCUGUAACUGCUGCUUUUUGUUUAUGAUCGUGGAAUUGUAAUAAAUUCUGCAGAACUUUGAACUACA